AUGCCUGGCCUCACGAUAUCCACUGACUCCGUGUCCCCACGCACGACAGCCACACCAUUCGAGGCACAACAAGCACAUGCCCAGGCUCAGACCCAAGGCCAACCUCAGGCGCAGGCGCCACCGAAAGCGCCGUCAACAGCAAACCCAUUAGGCAGCGCGCCACAAUCACAAUCUCGUUCGACCUCGCCAGUCCGUCCCCCAAUAAGUCCCAUAACACCAACACUCCCCGCGACCGAGCUUCCGCCGGUCCCGAACCCGCAACAGCUUCCGCCCCCCGCCUCAUCCGCCGCAUCUUUCUCUGCAGGUCGCCAGACAUUCACCCACAACCAACCCGUGCCCGACGCCGCAGCGACGGCCAUCCCCCCACCGCGCCCCGAACCGAUCGACUUUGACGCGAACCCUGACGUCCUGGCCCUCAAGUCCGCCAUAUCCAUCCUGCAGCUCCAGCGCCAGAGGGCGGCCAACGACAUACGUGCUCUCGGCGCGGCAAAAGAUGCGGCUGCCGCCGAUCCCGAGGCGUUUCUCGCCGAUCUGACUGCCAACAAGAUCCAUGGCCAGCAGGACCCCCUCUUCCCCACGGCGCAGGCACACGACUCCUCAUCCUCCGAGGACGAGAGCGACGAUGACGACGAACCUGGAGCCGCGCCUUCAGGCGACGUGCCGCUGACAGGUGGAUCCGCCGUCGACGGGGACCCGCUACGGCAGCCGAAGAUUAAGUCGAAACCCAAGAGCGCUGAACCGCCAAAGCCAUGGAAGAACCUGCCGCGUCCACAAAAUAUUGUACGGUGUCCGCCCAUUAACUGGGCGCAGUACGCUGUCGUCGGCGACUCGCUCGACAAGCUACAUGCAGAGCAGCGUGCCCGCCCGAACCAGGGCCAGCCAGCCGUUGUGGGGUCCGACGGCGCCUUUUGA